GCAGGGCAAGUGCUGCCCAGCGAACAGCAGUUUAAAACUAUUUCAUUGCACCCAUGAAAUGAGUGAGUCAGAUCACCCCAUCCAGUAGUUAAGGCAGUUUCAAGCUGUGGGCACUAAUGCCAUCUCUGAGGGAAUAGUUCACCUUUCUGUGUAGUUUCUGUUGAUCUCUCUAUUGCAAUUGCAAGGGUCAGAACCUGGUGCCAAUUUUGAUAUAGGAAGUUCACAGUCAUGUGGUCUUCAUGUAGGAAGGAAAUGUUCUUUGUUGCUCUAGAUGUUGGUACUGCCUCCCUAAUGGUUACAGGCUAAGCAAGAAGAAAUUUUAUACUCUUCUUCUUUCAACUUCUCUAAUCUGGUAAAAGAAAAUAUUAGACAUGGAAGAUGAACUUGCCACUAGCAGAUGAUGCUUUGAAGGACAUUAAUAUGGAAGUAUUAAAUUAUUCAACAGAUUAUAACUCUUUUCAGACUUCUCAUUUUUAAAGUUUUCUUAUCAAUACCCAAUAUAAUACUAAGUGGCUUGGUUUUGGAAUUAGGAGGCCAUUUAGAGAUCAUUUUAGUCAAGCAGUUCAUUAAUAGAAGAAACAGUCUAGAAGGGUUAAGUGAUUUUCCAAGUUCUACUGCUUUAUGUAAUUAAUAAAUGGCCCAGACCUUUUGUGCUGUGACACUCAGAGCAGUGCUGUGUCCCAGGUACAACAAAUUACAAAUCCAAAUAGCAAAAUGCAGAAAAUGACAGUGACUGCCACAGCCACAGAUAGUUUACUGGAGUGGUGAACUGAAAGUUCAUGUCCUUCCUGAAAAGGGAAGUAGUUUGAUGAACUACCAGGAUGGUGUUUCUGCUCCUGUACAAAUCUCAUCUAACACCUGAUUUGCUGGUGAAAUACACGCAUAAUUUACCUGCAUUCAGGUAAAUUAAAAUGUUGAAUUUUCUUAAUGUUAACAUAAUAGAUGAUGUUAAGUUUCUUUUGCCACAAGUAAAAGGAAAAUCUUUAAAAAGGACAAAGUUUACUAAUAUAUCAUGGACCAAACAAUUAGAACCAGGAAAUCUUGCUGCUGCUUCUGGCAUGUCCACUAACUUGCAGAGAUUGUUAUAUAAUUCCAGUAAGAAGGUCAUUUGAAUUGUAUUCUUUAUUCAUGUCAGUUUAGUUCUUUGGGAAUAUUAAUAAAUAUGGGUUUUAUACAGUAUUUAGGACUUCUUAGAUCACAGGUACAAUAUAAGUAUCAUCCAAAAUUUCCCUAGAUUAAAAAACUGUUUUGUUUUUUUUUUUUAAAGGCUAUUUACAUCUCUGAAGAGAAGAAAAAUUUUGUAUUGCUCAGUCUCUCACUGAUUAUGCUAAAUAACUAUUUAGGGAGGUUGAAAAUUGAAAAGUUGCAGUUAUCAGAAAAUUUAUAAACAGCAAAUACAAGGCUUAGGAGUUUUUUUUUUUUUUUUUUUCUCUUUUUUAUGGUGUUCUGACAUGAACACAGGCAGAAAUUCAAAAAGGACUCAUUCUAAAAUAUAAGAGUUAAAAAUGAUUGUUGGUUGUAUUGAGAACUUUAACCCAAAUGAAAACUCUUCACUGCCCCUGGGUUGGGGGUAGGGGGGACCCAAUACACAAAGAGCAAAUGGCUUAUUUCUUCCAGUUAGUGAAUUAAUUUUAAAUACUGACUCUCAAGCAGUGAAAGUUUAAAUCAGGAAGUGAGUGGGAGAAAGUGACUCAUGCUUGGUAACAUUAUCUGAAACAGUAAAGAAAACAGGACAUUGAUUGCGAAGUGAAUCCUUUACAUCUCGCAUCGCGGUAGAUUUUAGUGUCUCUGCACUUGAACCAUGGUGAAAGGAGAAGCCGAGUAGAACCAAGAACACCUUUUGCAGUUGGGAUGAUGCCCCCAGCAAGUAUUUAUAAAACAGAAACUAAUGAACAAAAACUUCACAAAAUAGCCAAUGAACUUUUGCUUACAGAGAGAGCUUACGUCAACCGACUAGACCUCUUAGAUCAGGUAUUUUAUUGCAAACUAUUGGAAGAAGCAAACCGAGGUUCAUUUCCAGCAGAGAUGGUGAAUAAAAUCUUUUCUAACAUUUCAUCAAUAAAUGCCUUCCAUAGUAAAUUCCUCUUGCCAGAGCUGGAGAAACGAAUGCAAGAAUGGGAAACCACUCCUCGGAUUGGAGACAUCCUUCAGAAAUUGGCGCCAUUCCUUAAGAUGUAUGGAGAAUAUGUGAAGGGAUUUGAUAAUGCAAUGGAAUUGGUCAAAAACAUGACAGAACGAGUUCCCCAGUUCAAAUUGGUGAUUGAAGAAAUUCAGAAACAGAAGAUCUGUGGGAGCUUAACUUUGCAGCAUCACAUGCUGGAACCUGUUCAGCGGAUUCCUCGGUAUGAGAUGCUCCUUAAGGACUACCUAAGGAAAUUGCCCCCCGAUUCCCCGGACUGGAAUGAUGCAAAAAAAUCACUUGAAAUUAUAUCUACAGCAGCAAGCCAUUCUAAUAGUGCAAUAAGAAAAAUGGAGAACCUAAAGAAACUCUUGGAGAUUUAUGAAAUGUUGGGAGAAGAAGAAGACAUUGUAAACCCUUCCAAUGAACUAAUAAAAGAAGGACAGAUCCUCAAGCUAGCUGCACGGAACACGUCAGCACAAGAACGCUAUCUUUUCUUAUUCAACAACAUGUUACUGUACUGCGUGCCCAGAUUCAGCUUGGUAGGCUCAAAAUUCACAGUUCGGACUAGGGUUGGCAUCGAUGGAAUGAAAAUUGUAGAGACUCAUAAUGAAGAAUAUCCAUACACAUUCCAGGUGUCUGGAAAAGAGAGAACACUGGAACUACAGGCCAGUUCUGAGCAAGACAAAGAAGAAUGGAUCAAGGCCCUUCAAGAGACCAUUGAUGCCUUUCAUCAAAGGCAUGAAACCUUCAGAAAUGCGAUUGCAAAGGAUAAUGACAUUCACUCUGAGGUUUCUACUGCUGAGCUAGGGAAAAGAGCCCCGAGAUGGAUCCGAGACAAUGAAGUGACAAUGUGUAUGAAAUGCAAGGAACCUUUCAAUGCACUGACAAGGAGAAGGCACCAUUGUCGAGCAUGUGGACACGUGGUCUGCUGGAAGUGUUCUGACUACAAAGCUCAACUUGAGUAUGAUGGUGGGAAACUGAGCAAAGUCUGUAAAGAUUGUUAUCAAAUAAUAAGUGGAUUCACAGACAGUGAAGAAAAGAAAAGGAAAGGAAUUCUAGAGAUUGAAUCUGCAGAAGUAUCUGGAAACAGUGUGGUGUGCAGCUUUCUUCAGUACAUGGAGAAAACAAAACCUUGGCAGAAAGCUUGGUGUGUGAUCCCCAAGCAAGACCCUCUUGUGCUGUACAUGUACGGUGCCCCCCAGGAUGUCAGAGCCCAAGCUACCAUUCCACUCCUGGGCUAUGUCGUGGAUGAAAUGCCAAGGAGUGCAGACCUGCCGCACAGUUUCAAACUGACUCAGUCCAAGUCUGUGCACAGCUUUGCUGCAGACAGUGAGGAACUGAAACAGAAGUGGCUGAAAAUCAUUCUUUUAGCUGUCACAGGUGAGACACCAGAUGGUCCAAAUGAGCACCUAGCCACUUUGGACGAUCAUCCUGAACCUAAGAAAAAAUCAGAAUGUUGAACUCUCGGAUCAGCUGCAGCGUGUGGUCUCAAGCAAGACGUUCAGCUCCAGAUAUCCCCAGCUCUCCUUCCUCACCUCUUAGCACUUUACGUUGAAAACUAUAGGCUCAUCAAUGCCACCUGUUGGGGAUUGUUUUCCCAUUUGUGUACUCUUAGUAAAAUUAAUGUGCAGAGCCAUUCUCCCAGUAAAGUUUUGAAAUAAUGUGAAAAAUGGAGUUUUUAUGAACUAGAAUAUGUGCUUUUUGUCUUGAAGAAAAUGGUGUCAAUUGAUUGUAUCACUACCAGGUUAGAAUGGGCCACUUUCAUUUAAGAAAUCCCUCAAUGUCUUCUCUUUCACAUGUAGGAUCUGUAACAGUUUAAAAGAUAUACCUCCGUGUUGCCAAAAUAGAUCCAUGGUGAUAAAUACAGGGACAGUUUAGCUAUUAAUAUUAACUUAUUUAGUUUAUAAAUCUCAAGCUGCAUAAAUGAUAUAUGUUCUUUUAAAACAAAAGAAAAAGGACAAAUUAUUGGUGUUCAACCUUUUGACUUAAAAGAUAAUACCUGUUUUUUGUAGAAAUACUCUUCAGAAUAUCUAAAGUAUAUAGCAAUUAUCUGUAUAUAGUAUUAAAUAUAAAUAUAUAUACUAUACAUGCUUUUCUCUUCAGCUUUAGGUUCACAUUCAUCUCUAAUUUAUUUUUAAAAUAAAAAGCAUGUUUUAUCUUGGAAUUGAGCAGUGUUCUAAACUUAAAUGUUUUUGGUGAUUUAUGUUUAACUGAUUGGCAUCUAAGGGUGUUGAUAUUUUUAUAAGAAAAAGCAUUAAGUGGCAUGGGGCAAAUUAGUGAAUUCCAACAGUAUUUUUAAAGUUUUUUUUUUGUUUUGUUUGUUUUUGUUCUGUGCCUAUUUAAAACAGUGCCUCUCUUAGAAGGUGCUAUUAAUACCUAUUUAAAUAUAAGAUGAGUGUUUAGUUAAUGUUUCAGUCUUGAUUAUUCUGAAAUUAAAGUGCAUUUUGGUCACUGGGGUGGUCAAAGUCAUACGGGUUAAUUUACCUUUUACAAAAAUAUAACUGUUGUAGUAUAACAUCAGCGUGUGCAAAAAUCUUCACCAAAACUUGAACUAUAGAAGACACCUGACCUUACAGAGAACCUGGGACAUGUGGAAACUGCAUUUAUUGUCAUUGUUUCCUUUUUCCAUGUGACUGUUAUGCAUGGUUGAAUAAGGACUAUAUCUGAUGAACACUUAAGAUAACUAUGUGGGCCUAUUCCUUGGUCAGAUGUGAAACAAAAUUCACACACGAUAGCCUAUGUUUGAAGGCAGGGGUUGAAAGAUAGUAAAGGAAGUUUAUGCACAACCACCUCCCCAGAGAUGAGCAGGGGGUCGGGAGGACAACAUUCAAAAAGCAAUAUUUUAAUGGCAGGUUUUCAGAAGGUACAAAUGAUUAAAGGAGAAAUUUUCCCCCUUUUAUCCUCUGUGGAAUUUUAAUAGAUUGCAAUUCUUUUUCAUGAAGGCUGCUGCUCUUCUUUUCUAUUUUACUGGUGAUUAAAAUCUCACAUGGAGUUGCUUAUUUAAUCCUUUUCUCAACCUCAGUUUUUCAUUUCCUUUUACACUAUCAUAACUCAAGCAUUAUCACUUUUUAUAUACCAAUCUGCUAGAAAUUUACUAUCCUCAGUCUGUAAGGACUGCAUCUUAAAUGUAGACAAUGAGUAAAUAUCUACAUUUACUCAGUUUGAAACUGCUAUUUAUUUCAGGCCCUUUUGCUUUAAGAAAUAUGUCUUAAGAUUUUUUUUUCCCACCACUCCAAAGGAGUAAAUGAACCAAUUAUGGCUGACAUAAUUAGGUUCCUUUCCUCCAUGAAAGGAAUACCAGCCAUGAUCAUUAACAUUAAACCAAAUACUUAGAGCCACAAAGAGAAAAAGAUAGCUUCUUGUACCCUAUUAAAUCAGGACCAAACUGAAAGAAAAUGUACAUUGCUUCUCUUUCCUAGCUGCCAGCUGUGGUAUGUGUGUAAGAAAGAAAGAAAAACGGGUCCAGGAUGGUUAUUGAGAAAAUGACAGCUAUAGAUAAUACUUUGGUUUCUUAAUCUCAAGAAGAGAGAAGCAAUAAAAGUAUAGAAUGAUUAUCAGAGCAGGAUGACUUGUAAAUGUGAAUAGAUCAUUGGAUAUAUAUAUAUAUGGCAACUAGACAACUUAUGAGUCAGAUUAUUUUUGAAAAUUAUUUGAGCAGCCAGACGACUCAAUUUUUUUCCUACCAGUAAGUCCUUUUAGAAUAAAAGUAACAUGAACACAUUCAAUGUUGUCUAACUUAGGUUAUGGAAAGAAUACUCACAAAGAGUAUUAUUAACGUGCUCUUAGUAGUCAUUCUCUUUACUUUUUUUUUCUGAGAAAUAUCAGAACUAGAAGAAAAUUUCUGGUUACCUAGCCAUCAUCUUCACUUUUCAUCCCACAAUCUUCAGUCAGUCAAGCACGAAGAGAUGCAGGGUAGCAGCCUCACUCAUUUGUGUCUCUUUAAAGAAUCACACAUUUACUUGGAGAAAGGUAAAAUACUCUUAGCUGUUCAACUAAGAGACCUCGAGGAGGUUGUUAAAGAGCAAUUGGUGUGAGCAGUCAUGACAAACUGAAUUGAAAAAAAAGAAAAGAAACUUUCCUAUUAAAAUCAACAUUCCAUAUGGGUUUUAAUGGUCAUUGUCCAAUUUGGUGCUUUCCAAAGUCAUCUUGUUAAGUGCCCUUCUUCUAAAGUUAAAAAUACUUCUUUGAUAAAACUAUAUUCAUUAGAAAACAUUCCAGCUUUUAAAAAACUUAAAUUUUGCUUUUGUUGAAAGUCUAUCAUUUGAUAAGUGUGAGACUUUUAUCAAGGUUUUAAGUGGAGCUCAAUAAUGAAAAGUUCCAGCCACUUUCAUAAUAAUGGCAUCUGUAAUGCCAGCUUAUAUGCAAGCAAUAAACUCUCCAGAUAUGGUUUUAUAUUGAAAGUUUAGUAUGAAGACCCCUAGUCACAAGCAUAUAGAAGACUGACUUCCUAUAUAGUAUAAUUGUAAUUGCUGAAUACUGAGAAAGUAAAUGGUGGGGAAGGGGUGGGCAUCAUUCCUUGGAUUCAAAUACUAUCAAAAUCAUUUUUACUUUCUCAAAGAGUGUGGAAAGUGAAACAAGUAAAGCACAUAUAUGUAUUAUAUUAUUAAGCUAUAUUUUGUUUUCCAUUAAUUCAAUAUUCAGGUUACCUUUACUGGGCAACCCACUCCAAUUUUUUUUAAUUACCAAACUUUUUAUAGAAAUUCAUCUUUUAAAUGCACCCUAUGUAUUUUUUUUAAAGAGCACUUGUUCUGUCAUAAAUAUAUAAAGAAAUCUGUAAACUUCAUGGUACUGCAGGGUUGUUAUAGAUUCAUUGAUGCCUUCUAAAAACCUUUUCUCAAAAAUCCAUGUGGAAGUUCAUGAUUCUAUUUUACUUUUUCUUAUCUCUGUGGAGACAAGGUGGGUUCCCUGCCUUCAAACAUUAGAUCUUGUUCAUUUGUAUCCAAAGCCUUAAGUUAUUCUUAAGCAUACUGUCUGUGAUAUCUCUCUAAACGGAUCUUUCGGCAAUGGAUAUAUUCUGAGGAAUAGACACCAACAGGAGCAAAUACAUAAGUACAUUUUAAGGAACAAAGGUCUUUUUUUGGUAAGUAUCCUUGCUAUAGUGCUCUAUUAGAGGAGAAUUAAAAUUUCCUGCAUCACAUAAUGUUCAUGUUAGUGGGUCUAAGAUUAAGCACAUGGUAUUUAUAAGCUAAAAUUUCAAAGGCAAGAAUAUCAAUGUUUUCAUUAGUAAAUUUUUUAAUCUACAAGAAUGUAUUAAUAUAAGGACUAUGUGGCUAGCCAGUUCCUCUUCUUAGGACUGUGUUGACAUCUAUAGUGGAUCAUGUUACUUCUUCAUUCUUACCCAGUUUUAUUAGAUUCAAGCUACUUUUUAUUUUCAUACUACUGUCUACUAUAGCUUCUCUAGAUUUAGAGAAUAUGAUUAAGUAGAAAGACCACUAGGUCUUCUUAAAAAAUCCUUUUUGUGAAUUUCUAUUGUAUGUACAUAUGUAAAACUUAUUGAUUUUCAAUUCUCUUUCCAUAGGAAAGAAAUUUUAAUAGUUGAAAUAUUUUAACAAGUUGUUUACAUGGAUUUUGAAUAUAUAAUUCAUCCUCAUACAUGCCCCUGAAUCAUGUUGAGUCAUGGGAAGGUAACUUUGCUUUCUUUACAGAUUUGGUAGAGAUGAAUAAGAUGAGAAAUUGAAAAAAAUAAGAAUGAACACAGGUAGAUAGUCUCCAGAUCAGAGCAAAGUGUGUUAAGAGAAAAAUACUUAAGCUGCAGAAGGAAUAUAAACCAUAAAUUACAAAUCUAUGUUUUUGCAUGCUGAUGUGAUUCAUUGCACCCAGGCUUUGACCUUGGCCUCUAAAUUAUAAACUAUGGUAUCUUCUUGUUAUUGUUUUCCUUUAGGUUUUUUAAAAAUAGUUUCAUUCUCUUAGAAUAUUUUUUUGUACUUUUGCUAAGGCAAAACUUCCCUCUAAAUUAAUUUAUAAUCUUUUACUUUCUGGACUGAGCACCUGUGAGAAUGCAGUCUUUUCUGUUUUGAGCUGAAAUAGCACAUGACUUUAACGAGACAGUUUACUUGUUGGAGUCACUGAGGAUUAUAUGAGGGUCAUCCCUUUUCCUAAAAUUCAUUGUGGUAGAUUUAGUGAAAAAUUAAAUCAAAAAAACCUCUUAGUAUAUUUUAAUAAGUGAAUACUAAACAUAUAGAAUGAAAUAUAGGUUUGGGAAAAAACAAUAAUCUGUGGGGACCAUUAGGGUAACAAUUGCAUUAAAUAUUACAUAGUAUAUGGAUAUUGGAAUGUAUCACUGGGGGAGUCUUCAUUAGCAAAACAAUCACGUGUGUAUAUAAAACUUUUUAAAAGCCAGACUAGCAUUUCAUCUUGUGAGUGUCAGUUGACUGAUAUUUGAAAAUAUUAUCUGGGUUUUUCUUUUGAUUUGGUGACAAAGAUUGAAAAGAUCUGUUAUCAGAAUUUUACCAUUGACUCUAAUGUGAAAAAGUGUAAACAAUUUUUCUUUUCUAGCUAUAUGAAUGUAAAAUAUUUGCAAAGUGUAUAUAUUGUGUAACAUAUGUAUAUUUGGUCAUAAAGGCAGAUAAUUGAAAAUACUGUAAAAUUAAGCACUUUAAUUCCUAUUAAAUAUUAAACAUUUGUAUCUUAUAAAAUAAACACAUCCUUAAAUCAG